AAUCAGACAACGCAUUUUUUUGUUAGUUGAUUAUAUUUGUCACGAAUUAUAAAUUUUUGUUAUUAUUCCUUAUAAGGUUAAUUAUUAUUGGUAAGAAUAUAAAUUGUGUUCUAUAGUUUUUUGACUAAUUAGCUUGAGUACUUAUAAUAAAGUAUUACGAUUUUUUUCAUUAAGAGAGCAAUCAUUCCGGAAACGUUUAGUACGUCUCACGUACAAUAUUAUUAUACUAAAAAAAGUCGAUCGGUGAAUGCAACGGUGGCGAGGCGAGCUUACCCUAGAGACAAAAGUUUUGUGUACGAAUUUAGAAAAACAUGAACAAAAAUGGUUGUAUACAGUACAACAAUUUUUGUUAAUAAUUACGAAACCUAUUUUUUUUCAUAUGUUGCGACUGAAUAUUAUUAUUAAUAUGCACGUAGGGUCUGGAACAGAUUUUACCUUUGUACGAACAGCUUUUUACUGUUCUAGCGCACUUAAUUGCGUAUUUUUGUUAAGUUAACGGCUUUUCUAUAUGUCAAAACGUACUGAUGGACUUCUUAUAAACCUUACUGUAUUUAUUUAUUUAUUUUUCGGAAGAUCAACAGCUAUCAAUAAACAAAUUAGAUCACUGAUAUUAUUUUACAGAGCCAAUUACAUACAGGUCUUCACUAAUAAACUACUUAAGUAGACGAGAACAUAAGCUGUUUAGCAGUAACUAUGAAUAAUAUUUAUCGUAAUAUAGAAUAGUUAGGAAAAAAGUGUAGAUCGCCGGUAGUGUCACCUCCACAUCGCCAUGACUGCAUGCGCUCGCGCCGACCCCACCACGGCCUACGCCUCCGCUGCCGUUCACUCACGCGCAUUUCUACUUCGACUGUCAAACAUCGCGCGCGCAGUUCUGAAAGAGUUUAAUUUUAUUUUGUGAAGAAUUAUUAACGUGAUGGAGAAGGAGCACCAACCCGACUCCAUGGCCACCAUAGCUAUGAAACCCGAGUAUCCGCCGUCCGAGGUUUACAGCGCAUCGGAACCGCCGCCGGCGUACCGGCAGCGCGUGUCAUCCUCAGUACAGAUCGCGAGGAUCGCGGCGCUGACGGUGGUGGCUGCCUCAUUCAUCUUGGGCGCUUUUAUCCUGGCCUCAAGCUGGGUGGCUGCGAGAGCCUCCUGCCACCAGCUCGAGCAGCUCGACGCCAUGUUGGAUAAAGAGUUGGCCUUAGAGGGCAGAGCUUACGGAAACGACGGAUUACUGGCGGACGAGCCAUUGCCUGUGGCUAACGCACAUGCCCUACACGGUUUGCCGCCACAAUUUUCACCCUCGACGCCAGUACAGUCCAGCCAGCCACAAGCAGCAGACAGCCAAGUCAAAGAGGAUGCGCUGAAACAGGCAGAGUCCAAGAUUGAUGAGGAUAAACUACAGAAAAUAGACGACGACAAAAAUGAACCUGCUACUUCUAGCAGCGAAGAGAGCUCAGAAUCCGACAGCUCCGCAGAAGAUGACGAGGAGCUGGAUGCCAUCAGGCCGAUGUUCAAGCUUCCCAUCCAGUUCGAUCUAGACGAGCUCGCCGGUGCUUUCCUCGCUAACAACCAAAAGGGUCGCAUGAACUGCGUGGUGGAGCGUCGUCGCGAUGACCCGAUAGAAAGGCGUUUCCCCUUCAACAUCCUGGGAGCGUUCGCGCCGCGCAACGCCCACGCUGAACGAGUCGCCAUCAUCUGUCACGGCGGAGAUGAACCUAAGCCAAUGGGCAGCUUCCCCGAGCCACAGUCGCAGGUGUUCGCGUUCCCGCUGUCGGGCCCUGCGCGGCUGCCGCUGCGGCCGCAGGAGCGUGCUCCGGCCGCCGACGCCCUCAUCCCGCCUCCGUUCGGGCCCAUGCGUCGCCCAGCACCUUUCCCGCUACCGAUGCCAUGGGAAUCAUCCGAGGAGCAGAUGGGAGCACCCCGCGAGAUGCGCAUCCACGUACAACGCGUGAUCGCCAUCCCCGCACCCCAUAAUAUGCCCCCACCCCCAGAGGGCAUGGGCCCCUUCGCGCCCCCACCGCCACCGCCUCAGCAACACCAACAGAACGAGCAAUCAUCGGUUAUGCAUCAGUUUGUCCCUCAGCCUGCCCCUACACAAGACAUGGAACAACCUGAGCAGGUACAGAAGAUCCAGAUGAACUUGCCUUGGGAACUGACACCCGAAGAUAUCCAUGUGAUCCAUCGUACCGCGCAGGACGCCGCCGCGAGCCAGCGCCGCGAGCAGCAGAUCGACAACGACAUGCAAGAGUAUCCUCUAAUGCAGGUCAAGACUAUCGUGAACACCCUCGCGGCUGCCGCUCAGGCUGAGGCGGAAGCUGAAGCCCAGGCACAGGCUGAGGAGCGUCACAGACAAGAACAGCAGCACCAGGCGGACUCUAUGCAGGAGGCGCCAGAGCCCGUGCCCCGCGCGCCCCGCACCCUGCUUCUGCCUCAAGACAUGCCUAUGGACGAGAGGCCACACUAUAUGCAACCGCGUUCCGUGCGCAGCGUUGACAGCGUGUUGCACAACGAGAAGCGCGUCAAGCGCUGUGCUUGCAAUUGCGCCUAAGCAUGACUGGCGGUGCUAACGCUGCAGCAGCUUGAAGGCGAUACAGCCAUCCGUCCUUAAAAUCUCAAUUCCUUUGUAACAUUAUAGCCUAACUUUUUUUUAAAACAUUAAAUGUCCCAGCUAUGCUUCUGUACAAAAAUUCUGUAAAUAAAGUUGUUAAUUCCCCAGCUUUGAAACACCUAUUGUUUUUCUUCUCUAACCGAAACGUUUAAAUGGUAUUUAUUAAAAUUUUACGUUUGUUAAAUAAUGUUUAAAUAUAUUUAUGAAGUUUUGGUUUAACCAUAAAGAAACUUUAAGCUGUGUACAUGAAUUGUUUUAUAAAAACAGAUUAAGAUUAAUGGUAGUAGUAUCUGUAAAGGACUAUGAAGUACCUACAUUAGUAUUACGUGCUCGUUAAGAAGUCUUGUAUUAUGCACAAUGCAAAAUUAUUUAUACAAGAUUUUUCUGUUUCAUUGGUGAUUAAAGGUUUGUUUCGAUGUGAAAAAUAUUUGGGUUUCGUGUAAGGUAACUGCAUUUAUUUCUUUCCCAAAUUUGUUGUUGUAGGCCUUUUAAAAAUCUACAAAAAUCUUGUGAUAAUAUCAUCUAAAAUUCUAAUUGAUUAUUUACUAUAAUCCAUAAAUUAAAGUUUUAUUAGUUU